AUAAUGAAGAGAAAACAACAAUUGAGUUUAAAAUCAACAAAUGAAUCUCGUGAAGGACAUUCUACCAGAUUUUUCUACGGUAACUUACAGACACAAAAAUCUGACGAAAAUUUGACAUUUUCUUCAUCGUCAUCAACUCCAAAGACAGAAGAGGCAGAACAUCGAAAAGCAGAGAAGAAAACUUUUCGCUCGAGUGGAAUAUUCAGAUUAAAAUCACCAACUAGAUCUCGCGAAGAAAUGUCUACCAGUUCAAUUGGAAAGACUGAAAAUGUGAAAGCUGGAAUUCCGGAGAAACAAUCUUUUACUUCCAGUGAAAGAUUGAGUUUAAAAUCAACAAAUGAAUCUCGUGAAGGACAUUCAACCAGAUUCUUCUACGGAAACUCACAGACAAAAAAAUCUGACGAAAAUUUGACAGUUUCUCAAUCACCAACAACUUCAAUGACUGAGCAGGCUGAACCUCGAAAAGCAGAAAAGAAAACUUUUCGCUCGAGUGGAAUAUUCAGAUUAAAAUCACCAACUAGAUCUCGCGAAGAAAUGUCUACCAGUUCAAUUGGAAAGACUGAAAAUGUGAAAGCUGGAAUUCCGGAGAAACAAUCUUUUACUUCCAGUGAAAGAUUGAGUUUAAAAUCAACAAAUGAAUCUCGUGAAGGACAUUCAACCAGAUUCUUCUACGGAAACUCACAGACAAAAAAAUCUGACGAAAAUUUGACAGUUUCUCAAUCACCAACAACUUCAAUGACUGAGCAGGCUGAACCUCGAAAAGCAGAGAAGAAAACUUUUCGCUCGAGUGGAAUAUUCAGAUUAAAAUCACCAACUAGAUCUCGCGAAGAAAUGUCUACCAGUUCAAUUGGAAAGACUGAAAAUGUGAAAGCUGGAAUUCCGGAGAAACAAUCUUUUACUUCCAGUGAAAGAUUGAGUUUAAAAUCAACAAAUGAAUCUCGUGAAGGACAUUCUACCAGAUUCUUCUACGGUAACUCACAGUCACAAAAAUCUGACGAAAAUUUGACAUUUUCUUCAUCGUCAUCAACUCCAAAGACUGUGCAGGCUGAACCUCGAAAAGCAGAGAAGAAAACUUUUCGCUCGAGUGGAAUAUUCAGAUUAAAAUCACCAACUAGAUCUCGCGAAGAAAUGUCUACCAGUUUAAUUGAAAAGACUGAAAAUGUGAAAGCUGGAAUUCCGGAGAAACAAUCUUUUACUUCCAGUGAAAGAUUGAGUUUAAAAUCAACAAAUGAAUCUCGUGAAGGACAUUCUACCAGAUUCUUCUACGGUAACUCACAGUCACAAAAAUCUGACGAAAAUUUGACAUUUUCUUCAUCGUCAUCAACUCCAAAGACUGUGCAGGCUGAACCUCGAAAAGCAGAGAAGAAAACUUUUCGCUCGAGUGGAAUAUUCAGAUUAAAAUCACCAACUAGAUCUCGCGAAGAAAUGUCUACCAGUUUAAUUGAAAAGACUGAAAAGCAAAUUUUGUCUUCGAGUAAAGGACCGGAAAGAAAAAUUUCAUUUCAUAGUCAAAGAUUAAGUUUGAAAUCACCAAGUGAUUCUCCUGAAAAGCUGUCACCGUGUUCAGUUUACCGUGUACCAACAGAAACAUCAUUAUCAUUAUCGUCAUCAACUGGACCUGAUUUAAAAAUCACUUCUUCAAAAGUAGAGAAAUCGAAAAAGCAAGAAGCUAAAUUUUCCCAUUCAGCAUCAACUUCAAAAAGAGAUGGUGUUGACUCAUCAAUUGAAAGUGGUGCUGGCCCCUCUUCAAAACGAAAGAAAUACAGUGUCGAGAAAUCUACAAUUGGUGUUUCUUCAAACAGAAAAAGAACGUCAAUUACUUUGGAUAAUGAAAAUAUUGAUAAACCGUUGCAUCAUAAAGUGAGAAGAAGAUUGGAAUUAAUGGGAACAGAAAAGCAUACGGUAAAAGUUUGUUUGGGAAAAUUAUGUAAAUCAGCAAACAUUAAAAAUCGAAUUGAAGAAGAUGCAAAGGUUGUUUCAUCAAUGAUGUAUGAGGCAACAACAAUGGCAUUAUUCGGCCUAUAUGAAGAAACGAAUGUUGAAAAUGUUGAAAAUUGCCCAUCAUUGUUGGAGAAAUGGACCAACAAUGGUCCCGACUUUCUGUCAUUUUUAAUAUCAUUAAAGCAGAAAGUAAAUGCUCAACGUAAAGUAACUGAACAGGAUGCGAAAAUAAAUACAAUGGUCAACGAAUAUAAAGAAUUAAGGAAUGACAUUCCACUUUAUGACGGAGAACAUAGAACGGCAAUAAUUCAGGAGGCAGCUUUAGUGUUGAAUCGAAACUUUAAAACAAAUUUCACGACGCAUGCAGCAUCACGAUUAAGAAGAUAUUUGCAGCUAUUAAUGGAAAUUGAAGACGAAGAAAAAAAUCAUAUGGAAGUAGAUGAAAUUCAAGAAAUUUGUUCAGUUUACCAUAUCGAAAAUGAUAAUGAUGAAAAAAUAAAAAUUAGGAGUUUUAAAAAUAGCAUUAAAAAUGAACAAAGAAAAGAAUUUCAAAAAUCUCGAAAACAAUUUCCAGAUGAAAUGCGAGAAAAAAAAACAUCAGACUACUGCGAUGAAAGAUAUGUUCGACAGGAAAAAUAUCUCAAACAUUGCGAUAAAGUCUAUUAUAAAAAAAGGCCAAGAAGGCGAAGAAAAAAAUCGAAAAAGGAAAAAGAAGAAGAAAAAGAGAAGAAUGAGGAAAAAGAAAAAGAGAAGAAUAAGGAAAAAAAGAAAUUUCGAAAAAGAAGGCCUUCAUUUUAUAAACAAUCUGUUGCUGCUUUAAAUCUCCUGCUGCAAGAAAAUAAAUGUAAAGUGAAAGGAUUCCCUACUGAUUUACUACUGAAAAAGGGUGAUAAUGAUAGAAGAAAAUUGGACUUUACAAAAUUGACAAAAGAUGAAGAAUGGCAUAAAUUUUUGCCAUUUUUCAUUAUGAUUCAACAAGAAUUUCAUGAUAAAAAGAAGAAGAAUUUCACGUUAAUUCCACAAAUUUCAUUAGGCGUGAAGCAUGUGGUUUAUACAAAUACUGCUUUAAAAGAAUUGCAAACGGCAACUGUUAUUCAAGAAAUUAAAGAAAAAAAGGCAAUUUUACAAAAAAAGAAAAGAAAAUCAGGAACGAAUAAGGAUCAUCUUCAAAGAGCAGUUGAUAAGAUGGACGAUGAAAUGAAGCGCUUAAGAGAAAUGAACAAUGAAGAAAGGUGGAAUUCAAUGUUCAACUUUAAAUCAAUCCAAAGAGGUCGAAAAAAAUUAAAGAAUGGUGGUAAAUUUUCUGGUACAAUAACGACAAAUGGUGUGGACGUGUCAGUAAUUUUUGAUUUACCCACAAAACAUGAUGUUGUGCAAUCAAAGAAGAAAGUUGGAAGUUACAAAAAAUUUUGUGGUUUUGAUCCUGGUGCGAGGGCGACUCUGGCUGGCGUCAGUAGGGAAAACGAUCCUAAUCCAACCACUAAUGUAAAAAAGGAUUCAGCUAUUUACAUUGGUAGUUGGAUGAUGAGAUGGCAGAUGGGCGACUACAGAAGAAGAGAAUUAAUGAAGAAAAAAGGUAUAGACAUGCAAAAAUAUUACAAGCAACUUGCUGAGGAUCCAUUGAUGGAAAAUUUUUGCAUGACUAAUCCUCGAGAUCGCCAUCGCAUAACAAAAUAUAGAAUACAUCUUUUACAAAAUUUCCAAUCACUUCAUCAAAAAAGAUCCGUAACGCGUUUACGAAUUGAUCGAUAUUCAGCACAAAAGCGACAAGUUGAUCAACUUGUGAAUUGGAUAGUAGGUGAUACAAAGAAGAAACCCUGUUUCGUUGCUAUUGGUGGAGCUGAAAUACCUAAUUUUAUCAAGGGAUACACUAAAGCUCCUUUGAAACGUAUUCAACAAACUCUUUUUCAAAGAUCAGAAGAAUUAGGAAAGGAUAAAUUGCAAGUCGUGAAAGUAAAUGAGUUUAAUACAACAAAAAUGUGUAGUCGCUGUGUGAGACCACUUAAAAUAUCCAAGAGUCCCCAUCGAUACACUUAUUGUGCGAAAUGCAAAACAACGUGGGAAAGAGACGUAAAUGCAGGGCGUAAUAUUCUUAAUCUUGCACUUGUUCAAGAGAAAAUCAUACCAAAGGAUUCCAUAAAAAAUCACCAUCUAUUUCGGAUAAAAAAUGAUGACAUUGAACAUGAGGCUGCAGAAUUGCAGAAAUAAUUUUUCCCAUCACUUUCAACAUUCAUUUUUAAAUCACUAAGUAAAUCUCUUAAAGGACAAUGAAAAGGAGGAACCUCGACAACCGGAAAUACAAAUUUCUACGAUGGACAAUAUACUGCUUAAUUGCGGAAAUAAUUUAACAAAACAUUAUUCGGUCCUGGUGGUGAUGGCUUUUUGCCAUUGUACAUACCGGGGAUCUCUUGAGAUCCGAACCAGCCUGUAAAAAGGCAUACCAGGUUUUUUAAGAAAUUAAAAAACAUGCUACUUCUUUUAUUGAUUAUUGUUUGAAUUUUUCAAAUUUUUUAUAAAAACAAAAGCACAUUUGUGUUUUUUUUUAUAAAUUAAAAUAAUCAAUAAUAGGA